AGGAAAGGAAAGGAAAGGAAAGGAGGGGUGGCUGCGAGGGAUGUGGGGGGGAGGCGGGGAGGGGCAAUGAUAUGAGCAUUUACGACAAUGGAAUGAGAGUGUUUUUUUGGCAUCUUUGUAGACAUGUUUUUCAGCGAAACUUCCUUAAUCGCAUAUGACGGCGGGGUGCGGGGGGGGGGCCGGGCAGCUUUGCACACAAAGGGCUCAUGUCAUGUUUGGUAUGGUAUGGUUUUGGGGUGGGUUUUUUUUUACUACGCUCCCUUCCUCACCGAUAACCGAGUACAGAUUUUACAGAUUACCGACAUUUUCAGGCGUUUUCUUUUUUCUUCUUCUUUCCUGUUGAUAACGCACGGCAUCGGUACAUAGCAGUAGAUAGCUUUUUGAAAUGUUUUAGUAUUGUAUGGGGCCCUUGGCGACUUG